CCUUCUAUUCUCUCACUUUCACAAUUUAGACACAAACUCUUCAUUUUCUCCGAUCUAAACGUGUCGCGAUGUUCUUUCUCCGAGUUCACUCGGUCGACGCCGAGAAUCCUCUCGAUACCGAACUCAUCUUCUCCGCUCCACAAUCCCAAAACCCUAAAUUCACCGAACGAAGAGGCGUUCUCCAUCUCUUCCGAAGAGUUUCACAGUCAUCUCUUCCAAACUCCAAUUCUCGUUCCUCUCUUCUUUUCAUCGUCGCUGUUCCCAAUUACCUUUCCUUCGAUGAUUUCAUUCGAUUCUGUGGUCCACACCACCUCGAUCAUCUUCAUCACCUUGUCUUCAUCAGGAAUGAUGGGAUGGAAGAUAGAUAUAGCGUGUUGAUUAGGUUUGAUGAUCAGCUUGCUGCUGAUGCAUUUAAUAGCAAUUUCAAUGGCAAGAAAUUUUCUCCCGGUGAAGCAGAGAUAUGUCAUAUUUUGUUUUUGCUUUCCGUGGAGUACUCGGAAUGUGAAGAAGUUGCUGGGACUCCUCUGGCUAGUUGUACAGAAAUACCAACUUGUCCAGUUUGCCUGGAGAGACUGGACCCUGAUACUAGUGGAAUACUUACGACACUUUGUGACCAUUCAUUUCAAUGCCCUUGUGUCUCAAAGUGGACAUAUUUGUCUUGCCAGGUCUGCCGAUUCUGUCAACAACAGGACGAGAAGCCAGCCUGUUUUGUAUGUGGAACAUUAGAUGAUGUCUGGGUUUGUAUGAUUUGUGGAUUUGUUGGAUGUGGAAGAUAUAAAGAAGGACAUGCUAUUCGACAUUGGAAAGAUACUCAGCAUUGCUAUUCUCUUGAUUUUAGAACACAACAAAUUUGGGAUUACGUGGGUGACAAUUAUGUCCAUCGACUGAAUCAGGACCAAUCUAAAAUUGAUGGCAAGUCAGAGGAGAUGCAUUUUCGCUGUAUGUCACUGGAAGGGGAUUGUGGCACAUGUGAAUGCCGUGAAGAUUUAGAAGUUAAUGGGGCCUUUUUUAACAGUAAAGUUGAAGCGAUUGUGGAUGAAUACAACCGGCUUCUUACAUCUCAGUUGGAGACUCAGAGACAGCAUUAUGAAUCCUUACUAAUAGAGGCAAGAAGUAAAGCAGAAAGCUCCAUAUCUGAAGCAGUGGAGAAAGCUGCAACUUCUGGAAUGCUGGAUAUCCAAAAUGAACUAGAAAGGUGUACUGAAGAAAGAAAUACAGUUGCUGAGGUUAAUAGGAAGCUCAUAAAAAAUUCAGAAAUGUGGCGAAAGAACCUUAAAGAAGCUGAAGAGAGGGAAGCUGCAUCAGUGAAGUCGAUGAAUGAGAGGGUACUUGAUUUGGAGGAACAGAUAAGAGAUAUCACGAUUUUUCUUGAAGCCCAAAAAACAAUUGAUAAGAUGUCAGAUUCAAAUGGAAUAAAGGAGGGAACAGUCUUACCAGUUGCUCAUGAGCAACCUUCUCCUGGCAACAGCAAGAGAAACAGAAAGUCUGGUCGAAGGAGGCAUUAGUUGUAACCUAGCGUAGAACACUAUUCAAAUUUUCAGAGGGAAAGCACUGAUAAACUUUGCUAAAAGUCCAAAUACAUGUUCGAAAUUAUGAUGGUAACCUACUUAGCUGCUACAGAAAAAAUAGCCCGCCUUGCAUUUCAGCUCCCAUUGCAACUUGCAUUGUAUGGGAGGGACUAUAUAAUCCCCGUAUAGGAUAAACAAUGUAAGUAAUCCCCGUAUAUGAUUGAUUAAGGACCCCAUAUCAACACACACACACAUCCACACACAAGGCUUUCAAUUAAGCAUUCAAUUAUGAUUUUUGUUAAUUGUUUUUAUGUAGGUUGCAUUUCCAGAUUUGGAUACCCUUAAAUUGAGCUCUCUCAAUUUGAAUAAAAUUUGGAAUGACAAUCAUCAUUCUAUGUGCAACUUAACUAGCUUGAUUGUGGAGAGUUGCGGUGGAUUGAAGUACUUAUUCUCGUCUACUAUGGUUGGAAGUUUUAAGAACCUUAAACACCUUGAAAUAAGUAAUUGUCCUUUGACGGAGGAGAUAAUAGCCAAAGAAGAGAGAAACAAUGAAAUAGAAGAGGCAUGAUAAUAGCCAAUAUCAUUAUACAUAAUUAUUUAAAUACAAGUUUAAAAUUAAUUGAAUGUUCCCAAUGGUAGAAUUAACAUGUCUCUUCUAUUUCAUUGUUUCUCUCUUCUUUGGCUAUUAUCUACUCCGUCAAAGGACAAUUACUUAUUUCAAGGUGUUUAAGGUUCUUAAAACUUCCAACCAUAGUAGACGAGAAUAAGUACUUCAAUCCACCACAACUCUCCACAAUCAAGCUAGUUAAGUUGCACAUAGAAUGAUGAUUGUCAUUCCAAAUUUUAUUCAAAUUGAGAGAGCUCAAUUUAAGGGUAUACAAAUCUGGAAAUGCAACCUACAUAAAAACAAAUUAACAAAAAUCAUAAUUGAAUGCUUAAUUGAAAGCCUUGUGUGUGUUGAUAUGGGUUCUCUGAUGUGUCUAACCGGAUAUUAGUUACCACUAAAUGUCAUUAGAAACUUUCUAAUAUAUCGAAAAGAAAAAUAAAUAAAUUGUCAUUUAUGUA